UCCAAGACACUUCCCGCAGUAGAGUCCUGCGACCACAGUAGAGCUGUGUUACAACAGCAUUGCUGUUACUUCUGCCACAGCAUUGAUCUUCACCUUGCAACAGCAAGCCAAAGUUUUCAGCAUGAAGCGAUCGCAGCUCAUAUGUGCCUUGUUGGUGGCGUGGGUGGCGGCGCUGCUCUGCGUCACUGAGGUCCUCUCUGCUUGUGAACCAGAUUGCAGCGGCAAUAAACCGAUGGAUAAGGUUGAGGAUCCUUUGAACUGCAAUAAUUAUUACAUUUGUUUGGAGGACGGAAUAGCCUCGGAUGUUUCUAUACCGUGUGACAGUGGUAGUUAUUUUGACGGGGACGAUUGUUCUGGUUCUGGAAACUGUACAUCUACCUGCACGCCAUCACCUUGCCAUUUAACAUGUAGCGGAAACAUGGACGUCAUCUCUGACCCAAAAGACUGCAGCAUCUAUUACAUUUGCUCACCAAGCAACAUUAUUGGACCCUAUGAUUGUCCCGCUGACAGACCUUAUUUUAGCGGCGAGACCUGCGUUAAGGACAAAACUGUGUGUUGCGGCGACCUGUGUAAUGCGUACUGCCAGGGUGACAUAGCGGAGAUUGCUGACCCCUACGACUGCCACAAGUUCUAUAUGUGCCCUGAGGCGGGACCGGCUGAAGAAAAAUAUCAUUUUUCUUGCCCCUCAGGAGGCACUUUUGAUGUAGCCGUGGGUCAGUGUGUGGUCGGCGCCCCUUGUAAUAUACUGUGUAGUGGGGGAGGUACGGACCCACCUUCUCCAGACUGCCAGGAGUCCAUGACGUGCACGGCUGUGGGACUCUUCCCCAUGUGCACGACGUGUUACCAGCAGUACUUCAACUGUCACACCGUCGGCCAGCCAGCCACCGUUGAGACCUGCACAGGAUCCUUGCUCUUCAGCACCAACCCUUCUUCACCUUACUGUAUGAGGCCCGAAGACUGCCUAAAAUCAACGAUCUGAGCCCACCACCUAACUCCACCUCCCACUGUUCAAAAUUCACUGGAAAAUGUUCACUGGACACUGCUUUAAGCCCACCGCCCUCUGGACUCACUUCACCACCCACUGGACUCACUCCACCACCCACCUGGACUAACGUGAUGUCGUCAACACCCACGUGCACUUGAUCCAGUAUAUUUUUCCACAGACCAACCCACCUGAGCAAGUCACUUGCAUCACCACCUAUACCCACCAUCUACACUGGCACCACCACCCCUAUACUCCAGGACAAAUCCUGGAGUAUGCGGCACCUGCAUGGAGCCCGUACCUUGUCAAGCACAAGAUGAAGCUGGA